GCAAUAAAAUGAAAUAAAGCGGACCUGUGAAAAAGUUUUAUUUAACCGUGCAGCGUUUAGGUAGUACAAAAUAUCCAAAUUAGUAGACUAGCUAGAUAUUUGAUGACGCUGACACUAUGCUUAAUAUUAUUUUUAUAGACCGUACUGCAAACCAAGUUUUAUAUUGAUGUUGACUUUUGACUGUGAGAAAUACAUUUCUGGUACAAUUACUCUAGUGGUUCGUUGAAGAAGGUAGGGAGGGUAUUUGUUUGCAAUAUCACAUGUACAAAGCGGUUAAAACUAGUGUAAGAAAAGUUCAAAAUUACGUGAUACUUCAAUUAAUCGUCGAACCUAACCUCAUACUCGAUCUUCUAACACGGAAGGGAGAUGUCAGUUUAACAAGUACAAACCAGUUAUAUUACGGAUCCUUUGAAUCACGUUAAUUUUUCUGAUUACUUACGUCUUCGCUGCGUGUUAAACGAGGGAUGCCACGCAGCAAGCGUAGAGCGCCCUCUAGCACAAAUCAUCAUCAUACAUCUAUUGAAAUGACACCUAGUGCCCAUGAAGAGGGUAUACCAAGGCAUCCAUCGAAACGGCUUAGACAUACAUCUAGUGCAAGACGUUAUACAAAAACAGAAGAUGUUUCAAGCACUUCAUCCUUUUCCCAAAAGCGGUGUAUCACAUGGUUUAGAGAAUACACAACACCUGAUGAUUCAGACACUCUUGGUCCUGAAGGAAUGGAAAAGUUUUGCGAAGAUAUUGGAGUAGAACCUGAAAAUGUUGUAAUGCUUGUUCUUGCAUAUAAAAUGAAUGCCCGUCAAAUGGGUUUUUUUACACUAAGCGAAUGGUUAAAAGGCCUUUCGGAAUUACAGUGUGAUUCUAUUAGUAAAAUACAACAGAGACUUGAGUACCUAAGGAUUCAGUUAAACGAUCCUCAUACUUUCAAAGGAAUUUACAGAUAUGCUUAUGAUUUUGCUAGAGACAAAGAUCAAAGGAGUAUGGAUAUGGAAACUGCAAGAGUUAUGCUACAAUUACUUUUGGGAAAGCAUUGGCCACUGUUCACACAGUUUGCUCAGUUCCUAGAUCAAUCAAAGUACAAAGUGAUUAAUAAAGAUCAAUGGUGCAACAUUUUAGAAUUUUCUCGUACAAUCAAUCAUGAUUUAUCUAAUUAUGAUUUAGAUGGAGCAUGGCCAGUGAUGCUUGAUGAAUUUGUUGAAUGGUUAAAAAUGCAACGAGGUAAGGAAGCAUCGUCAACAGAAGUUAGAGGCAGCUGAAACAUUCAAUAAAAAUAGUCCACUGAAAUAAAAAGAACUCAUCUCUUCUAUCAUCAUAUUUUGUUAAUAACAAAAUUUCUGUUUAUAUCAUAACCUCGCAACACUUCAGUUAUCACCAUUCGUACUAUAUUUUUUUAUUAAUCGGUAAUGUAAGUAGCUUAUAUUAAUAUGAUUUUAUGGUAUAUUUUAAACAAAUUCUGCUUGAAAACCUUUUAGAUCAUUCUCAAUUACUUAUCACCAUUCAUAGAUGAUCCAAUAUUUGUCGCAGAAACUCUUGUGAUUAUGAGUAAAACUCUUUUAAUGUUUCAUUUCCAUUUGAUAUGCAAAUUCUAUGCAAAACAAAUAAAUUUAUUUAUAAAUAUACUUGAAAAAUUAUUUAAAUUUGUUUGCAAACUACAUAACAAUUACAUAGAAAUAUUAUACAAUAUUUAAUAUUUGAAAUACAACAAAACACAUUGAAACAUACCACUUACUUAAUAUUAAAUAUUUCCUAUAAAUGCCACAAAUAUUAAUAUAAAUUAGAAUAUUAAGUCUCAUUGAAUCAUAUAUUUAUGAAGUAUAACUGAAAUUAAAUUUUAUUCGCAAAUAAUGGCUUUAGGAACGCUACGUUAUUUCUAUUAUCAUACACAAUACCUUCAAUCUUUAAAAUUUUAUUUAUUUCUUUUUAUUCCUUCUCCCAUUUCUCAUCAUAAAAAUUUUUGCGACGACUUCAAUGGAUUAAUGUAUGGUGGUUAUUUAAGUAAUUCUGUAAUAUAUUCUAAUCGUUGAACAUGUUAUUUAGCAGAAUAUUUAGACGUACAUUGCGGUUCUAAAUUUUAUCCCGUAAAUAAAUUUUGUCAAAUAAUAACAUAGGAAAUCAUUGCAAUUGCAAUUACGAAUUAGUUUAAUUAUUAAAUCAAAUUUGUUUAGUUAUGUGUACUUGUACAUUUUUUCCUGCAUGUGUACUUCCAUUACAAAUAACGUUAGCGAUAUAAUAUAAAAUUAAAUUUCGAAUUUCGCUCAUAACUUUUAAAUUAAUAGUAUCCUUACACUCACGGAUGAAAAGUAUCUAAUGGAAAAUUAUAAACUCAUACAUAAUGAAGGAAUUAGAAACAAGAAUUUAAAAUCAUUGUAUGCCGCUGCAAUAUAACUGCCAUGUGGAGAAUGUAAUGUAACGAAAGAACGUGAAUAAAUAAAAUACUUUUUUCAAUAUCCCCA